UCAUUUGGCCAUCGACUCAUUUCCACAUCAACCAAUUCCAUCACGCAAUUCCGAUCAGUCUCUUAAGCUUAAUUAGCUUUCCAGGGCUACAGGCGAUCGAACUCAACGUAGCUAGCGAGCACCUGCCAUAAAAAACCGGCCAUUAGUGAACCUUUGUCCAUGAGGUUAUCGCCAUGGAUGGUGUUCGCGUGGGCAGCGGCGGUGCUGCUCGCCUUGGCCGCCUCGUCGGCAGUGGCGGACGCGUCGCCGUCGUCUAAGUCUUUGGAGGUCGGGUUCUACAAGCACACAUGCCCGCAGGCCGAGGACAUCGUGCGUGACGCCGUCCGCCGCGCCAUUGGUCGGAACCCCGGCCUGGCCGCCGGCCUCAUCCGCAUGCACUUCCACGACUGCUUCGUCAGGGGCUGCGAUGCAUCGGUGCUAAUCAACUCGACGCCAGGGAACACGGCGGAGAGGGACUCGGUGGCGAACAACCCCAGCCUACGUGGCUUUGAGAUCAUCGACGAGGCCAAGGCCGCACUGGAGGCGUCCUGCCCGCGCACUGUCUCCUGCGCCGACGUGCUCGCUUUCGCCGCGCGUGACGGGGCCUACCUCGCUGGCGGCAUCGAGUACGGCGUCCCCGCGGGCCGCCGCGACGGCCGUGUGUCCAUCGCCGAUGAGGUGCUUGUUAACAACGUACCAUUCCCUACCGAUGGGGUCGAUGAACUAGUGGCCAGCUUCAAACGCAAGGGGCUCUCCGCCGACGAUAUGGUCACGCUCUCAGGCGCGCACACCAUCGGCCGCUCCCACUGCUCCUCCUUCACGCAGCGGAUCCACAACUUCUCCGGCGAGGUCGGCGAGACCGACCCCUCCAUCGACAGGUCUUACACGGAGGAGCUCAGGCAGCAGUGCCCGCCGUCCACAGACAACAUGAGCGACCGCACCACGGUGCCGCUGGACCCGGUGACACCGGGUGAGUUCAACAACCAGUACUUCAAGAACGUACUGGCGCGCAAGGUGCCGCUCAUCUCGGACCAGACGCUGCUUACGAGCCCCUGGACCGCUGGCAUCGUUGCGUUCCACGCCGCCGUGGAGAGGGUGUGGCAGGCCAAGUUUGCUGCGGCCAUGGUCAAGAUGGGCAACAUCGAGGUACUCACCGGCGAUGAAGGGGAGAUCAGGGAGAAGUGCUUCGUCGUCAACCACCAGUAGACCAUCACCGGCAAAAAAUGUUGGUGCUUAGUGUAUGCCAAAAAUGUUGGCAGUUAAUGUUGGUGCUUCAAUAUCUUGUAAUUUAAGUUUGCGAAGUGAUUUUUUUGUUCUUAA